AUGGAGGAGAGCUUCAGCCUGGUUGGAAGCCACUUGGGCCCCAAGGCUGCUGAUCUGGCGAAUCCAUUUUUGCCUGGCGAAGCUUUCGACAGUGUGUCGGACGAACCCCGUGGCAGACAGAGUGUUCCUUCGCUAUCCCGAACCCCCUCUUCAUCAGACUCGGAUGGCACUCAACCAACGCCAGUUUCUGAGUCUGACGGCAGCCAAAGUACGGGCUCUGUGGCACCGGUGGCAAAGCCGGGGAGCCAAGACCCGACGAGUCAGCCCGCCGCCAACUCGGCCUCCGAGGCUCAGUCGGGGCCAUCGUGCAAGACCACAAACAAUCUCAUCUUUUCCAACGCGGCUGAGAAGAUUCGGCAAGCCACGGACACGGAAGGAUGUCUCUUUCUCGAUGCUGCUCCUGCGAGUUUUGGUGCUCUCAGAAGCCCCCUGAUUGAGGAUCCAGUCAGGCCGGUGCUGGACGGAUCCUCCGCCAGCAGCGACGACGGCACAGACUCGUCUUCUGGUUCUACAAAACGGCUGCCGGCUCGCGUUCUUGGGUUCUCGACCUCCGAAGGUGAUGGGGUUGAUGGGUAUGAGCACAUCACACGCCAUGCAGCUGUGGCGGAGAAGCUCCUCGGAAACCUUGUCAGACGCUACCCCAAGGGCAAGUUGUUCACCUUCCAUGCGGCACACGACCUCAAUCCCACCGACUCGUCAGAAGAGGAACGACUAAGACAUCUCUCGACACUUCAAGACAGCUUGUGUCCGGAUCGCAGCGUCCCGGGGCGACAGCGCCAGAGACCUCAUGUCAAGGCUUGGGCGAGGCAGAAUGAAGGCAGAGACAUUUUGCGCAUCUUCCCAGGGGCUCGCAGCGUCGCCUUUGUCCCUGUUUGGGACCCGAGGAAGAACCGCUGGUUCGCUGGUGGGUUUAUCUACAGCCGCCAGCCAACGCGCACCUUCACAGUAGAGGGAGAGCUUAGCUAUCUGCGCGUCUUCAGUAUCCUGGCCGUGUCGGAAUCCUUGCGUAACGAGCUCAUACUGGACGAGAAGUCCAAGUUUGACGCUUUGAGCUGCAUGUCUCAUGAGUUGCGAUCGCCGCUUCAUGGGAUCAUUCUUGGCGUCGAGCUUCUUACCGACACCGACCUGAAUGCUGACCAGAGGGACAUAGUCCAUACUCUCGAGGCAUGCGGGAGAACUCUCGGCGAUACUUUCGAUCAUCUCCUCGACUACGCCAAGGUUAACAAUUUCCAAACCACAAGGAGACCAGUCCAUAGAGGCAUUCGACAAGGCAAGCCGCAUUCUCUCGAGAUCGGCAUGAUGACGCUUAGAUCCAAUGUGCAGAUCGACCUGCUUGCUGAAGAGGUAAUGGACAGCAUAUUCGCCGGCUUCACCCUCCAGCACCUGUCUAUUGCUCGGCUCAAAACUCAAGACAGGACUCGAGAUCCCAAUGUCACCGCCGAUUUAUAUCUCGACAGUUUGAGGGCAAAGGAGGAUCUUAGUCUUAACCAAUCUACCCAAGUCGCCGGAGUCGCCUUCAACGAUGUCUUGGUCGUGUUCGAUGUCGACCCCGAGUGUCUUUGGGUGUUUGACACCCAACCUGGCGCGAUCCGCCGAAUCAUCAUGAAUCUCUUUGGCAACGCUUUGAAAUACACGCAGCGCGGAAUUAUCAAAGUAGCUCUCAGUCAGAGGGCUCCCAAGAGGGAGGGCGCCAACCGGGAGCGACAAGUAACCAUCACUGUUUCCGACACUGGCUCUGGAAUUGGCGAAGACUUCUUGCAGCAUCAGUUGUUUAGGCCCUUUUCACAAGAGAAUUCGCUAGCUCCCGGAACUGGCCUUGGGCUCAGUCUGGUCAAGCAGAUGGCUUCCAGGCUUCGAGGUCGCAUGUCGGUGCAGAGCCAAGUUGGUAGUGGAACAUCGAUCAGCGUGACACUACCGCUCUCCGUACCCCCAAACGUUCCUACCAACGAAAAGCAUCCGGCUGUAGAUGACGCGUUUCAUCAGCAGCGAAUGGAGCUUUCGGGGUUGCGUAUUCGCUUGCUUGGCUUCGACUGCGUCAUGACAUUAGUCAAUGGCGAGAAACACGACAGCCAUGCAAAGAUUGGGGACAUGUGCCGCAACUGGCUAGGGUUGGAAGUGCUCCCGAAGACCCCGGAGGCACACCAUGCCGUCCCUGACUUUGUACUGGCGUCAGAAGAUGCCUUAGAAGAAUGGUCAACGGAUCCGACCCUUUCCAUGCUGCCAUGUGUGGUUGUGUCGGCCAAUGCGCUGGUCGCCUACCAACGUUCGAAACAACGGGACGGAUAUACAGGAAUCAUGGAGUUCAUUUCACAACCCAUUGGGCCCCGAAAACUCGCCAAAGUGGUAUUGCGGGCCUUUGAUCGAUGGUCAGCACUGCAAGCAGGGAGGAUGAGCCCUGGAGCGGAAUCGUCCACGUCGGAGAUAUCUCAGGCCAUCAUCGAGCCCAAGAUAGACCACCAUGGGUCGGAAAAGCAGCCGACAAGCACCUCAACGAUACGGUCCUCGGCCUCGGACGACUUGGACAGUCAGGCACAGCCAAUGCUGCAAGGCAAACCUGCGCCGCGACCGAAGAUUUCGACGACGCCUUCCAUCCGUAAUGUGGCUGUUCAGUUUCUACUGGUUGAGGACAACCCUAUAAACCUCAAGAUAUUGUCCACCUACAUGAGAAAGCUCGGGUUGGGGUUUAACACGGCGAUCAACGGGCAGCAGGCCGUUGAAGCCUACAAGCGGAAUCCUUCAGAGUGCAGGUAUAUCCUCACCGACGUUUCCAUGCCAGUCAUGGAUGGUUUUGAGGCAACGAGACACAUCAGGGCCUACGAGAAAGCAUCGGAUCUGGCACCGGCGACUAUUAUUGCGCUGACGGGGUUGGCAUCGAGCGCAUCUCAGAACGAGGCGUUUGGGAGCGGGAUGGAUUUGUUUCUCACGAAGCCAGUCAAGCUCAAGGAGCUGGGAGCUAUCUUGAACUCACUCUAG